UGGUUGUCUGACCACUUCCUGAAGCUGCCCAGCUACUUCCUGUUCCUCUGGAGGCGUGGAAGCCUUUGCUGAGAAGAGAAGCUGCUACAAUGUUACAGUUCAUACUGGGAUUUGCCUUUGGAAAUGUGGUGGGGAUGUACCUUGCACAGAAUUAUGAGGUGCCUGAUAUAGGAAAAAAAGUAGAAAAUUUCAAGAAGGAUUUAGAAGCAAAAAAGAAACCUCCCAGUGAGAAGUGACAAUCGGUCCGUGCAGCAGUAAUUCCUCCUGUUUAGUACGAGCGGUGUACUUAUAUAUAUCUACAGCGGAGACAUGGGACGGAGGGCGCCACCAAACUAGAGGAUUGAGCAGACAGCAGGACCUGUUAUGUGGCUCUUCUCUCCCAUGAGGAUUUUCCAAAGAUUUCCUGGCUGCUUAUCUCCUGCACCUCAGCAGCCUUUCUGAUGGUUUCCAUUAUCCUGGGUGGCUAGAGGAUCCAUGUGUUCAUCCGAUCGCUGUUGCUUUUAGCUUUUUAAGGGCUUAAUAAAGUUAUAUGUUUAUUGUAAGAGGGAAA